AUGCCUUCCCAGCCCUCGUCGCAAAAGCGGCUGAAAAGCAGCCAAAGCAGCCGCAGCAACCAAAGCCUGCCGCCGGCAGAGUCGCGAGCGCAGACGCCCGCAAGCCUCUUGGCAUCCAAGAGGACGUCGCUCUCCGACACCGAAAAUGACAUACUGGGCCCUGGGCGGGUCAAGUCUCCCUUGGCAGAUCUGCGUCCUGUGGUUGUGGCACCGUCGUUGCCACCGAUGGUUCCGCACGCUUGGGCGGGCGAUCCUGACGACCCGCAGUUCAAGGCGCCGAGCUUCGAAACGAUUGGCAAGCCGAUUCGCUUGAAGUUCUGCAAGGAGUGGUACGACAGUCUCUUCGGAGUUGCGGCCAAGAGCAUCCCAGACAUCCUGGAUGCAAGCAACUGGCUUCCUGCCGAUGCACCAGUUCGACUCAAAUUGCCCAGCAAGCUGAAGGAAAAGCUGGGCAUACAGGAACCAGAGGUCCUUGCUUCGACGCCAGCUUCCCGGCCGUCGACGGGCACAUCGACGGAAAGUCACCGGAAAGGUCGUUCAAAGCGCAGGCCGAGCGGAUGGCAGGCGCAGGCGGUCCCCGAAGCCCUCAAGGAUGAGCGCCAUUGGGCCGCGAUCCGCCUCCAGUGUAAAGUGCGCGGAUGGGCUGCCUUUCGGACUUCUGCUUGGCUUCGAAGGCGCCGUCAGGCCCAGAUUCGCAUCGCGAGCUAUUUCAGAGGGCACUUGACGAGGACCGCGCGCGCGGACUUGGUGCCAAAGCUCAAGCCCCAGAAGGAGCCCCUGCCGCCGGAGCUGGCAAAGCGGCUGGCGAGGCUCGACCCGUGGAGCGAGGAGCUCAACUUCCGCCAUGCCUGCCUGGGACAAACCGGCACCGUGCAUCUUGCGCCAUUCAUCAAAUGCCUGCAGUCCUUGCAAAUUCUGGAGCUUUGCGGUAACUACAUCGGCUCGAAAGGCAUCGCGCCCUUGAUCAAGAUGCUGGAGACGCAAUGGGACCUGAAGUACCUGGGACUCGCAUGGAACGGCCUGGGUGAUGAGUCCUGUGGUCAUCUUGCCUCAGCCUCGGCUCGUUUUCCUCCCACUUCAAGGUCAGAGUCAGAGUACAAUUGCAGAUGGAGGGCUUCCGCUGACAUGAUACGGUGGUCACAGGAAGUGCAAGAGAGAGCAAGAGGGUCGGAUAUGGGCAGCUACAUGCACUACAACUCUCUUUAG